AUGGUAAGAAGAAAAGAAAAGAAAUCUCCUCCUCCUCCUCCUCCCUCGGGCCUCCACCCUAAAGCCCAGAGCCACACCAAGAACCAUGGACCGGCCAACAGCAAGACCCCCCCAAGACCCCCCUCCGCUCCCAAACAGAGGGGCCGCAAACCCAGAGAUCCUGGCGCAGCGCCGGUGGAGAAGAAGAAGAAGGGGAAGAGGAGAAACCAGGAGCCGGCUGUCCAGGAGGGGGCGGAGAGCGACGACACUACCUCAACGUCGGCCCUCAACAUGGGAGGAGACGACAGCCAGGACCCCCUGGAUAACGCUAAGCGGCGUUCAGGCCGACAGGUGAAAAGGAGGAAGUAUAACGAGGACUUGGACUUCAAGGUGGUGGACGACGAUGGAGAGACCAUCGCGGUUCUUGGAGCCGGGCGGAUCUCAGCACUCAACGCCACGGCUCUGGCGUGGCAGGCCGAGGAGCCGCCCGAGGACGAGGCCAACAUCAUCGAGAAGAUCCUGUCAGUCAGGACGGCCAAGAAAGAGACUCCUCCGUCAGAGGACCAAACCGAGGACAGAGAGGAGUUCUACGUCAAGUACAGGAAUUUCUCUUACCUGCACUGUAAAUGGGCGACUCUGGAGGAGCUGGAGAAAGAUCCCAGAAUCCACCAGAAGAUCAAACGCUUCAGGACCAAGCAGGCGCAGAUGAAGCACCUGUUCACAGAGCCCGAUGAGGACUUGUUUAACCCGGACUACGUGGAGGUGGACCGAGUGCUGGAGGUGGCGGUCACCACGGACACAGAGACCGGAGAGGAGGUGACCCAUUACCUGGUGAAGUGGUGCAGCCUUUCGUACGAGGAGGCCACGUGGGAGCUGCAGGAGGACCUGGACCCCGAGAAGAUCAAAGAGUUCGAGGAGAUCCAGAAACUACCGGCAGACCUCAGACACAUGGUGAAGAAGCUGCAGGCCAUCCUGAAGCCCAUGAUGCUGAGGAGACUGAAGGACGACGUGGAGAAGAACCUGGCGCCCAAAGAGGAGACCAUCAUAGAGGUGGAGCUGACCAACAUCCAGAAGAAGUACUACAGAGCCAUCCUAGAGAAGAACUUCUCCUUCCUGUCUAAAGGAGCCAACCAGCACAACAUGCCCAACCUCAUCAACACCAUGAUGGAGCUCCGCAAGUGCUGCAACCACCCCUACCUGAUCACAGGCGCGGAGGAGAAGAUCCUGGAGAACUUCAGGAGGUGCCACAGUCCAGACGCUCUGGACUUCCAGCUGCAGGCGAUGAUCCAGGCUGCAGGGAAGCUGGUGCUGAUCGAUAAGCUGCUGCCCAAACUGCUGGCCGGGGGACACAAAGUCCUCGUCUUCUCCCAGAUGGUCCGCUGCCUGGACAUCCUGGAGGACUACCUCAUCCAGAGACGCUACACGUACGAGCGCAUCGACGGCCGCGUGAGAGGAAACCUGCGGCAGGCGGCCAUCGACAGGUUCUGCAAACCGGACUCGGACCGCUUCGUGUUCCUGCUGUGCACCAGAGCCGGAGGUCUGGGCAUCAACCUGACGGCCGCAGACACCUGCAUCAUCUUCGACUCAGACUGGAACCCUCAGAACGACCUGCAGGCUCAGGCUCGCUGUCACCGGAUUGGUCAGAGCAAAGCGGUGAAGGUGUACCGACUCAUCACCAGGAACUCCUACGAGAGGGAGAUGUUCGACAAAGCCAGCCUGAAGCUGGGUCUGGACAAAGCCGUGCUGCAGGACAUCAACCGCAAAGGCAGCCUGAACGGGGUGCAGCAGCUGUCCAAACUGGAGGUGGAGGACCUGCUGAAGAAAGGAGCGUACGGAGCGCUGAUGGACGAGGAAGACGAGGGCUCCAAGUUCUGCGAGGAGGACAUCGAUCAGAUCCUCCAGAGACGGACUCAGACCAUCACCAUCCAGACCGAGGGGAAGGGGUCCACGUUCGCUAAGGCCUCCUUCAUCUCCUCAGGGAACAGGACAGACAUCUCUCUGGACGAUCCAAACUUCUGGCAGAAAUGGGCCAAGAUCGCAGAGGUGGAGAUCGACUCCAAAUCUGAGAAGGAGUCUCUGGUGAUCGACACGCCCCGGGUGAGGAAGCAGACUCGUCACUAUAACUCGUUCGAGGACGACGAGCUGAUGGAGUUCUCGGAGCUGGACAGCGACUCGGAGGAGCGUCCGUGUCGGACUCGACGACUCGGCGAGCGCAGCAGGCGGUACCUCCGAGCCGAGUGCUUCAGGGUGGAGAAGAACCUGCUGAUCUUUGGGUGGGGUCGGUGGAAGGACAUCCUGAACCACGGACGCUUCAAAUGGCACCUGGCAGAGAGAGACAUGGAGGUGAUCUGCAGAGCUCUGCUGGUUUACUGCCUCAGACACUACAAAGGAGACGACAAGAUCAAGAGCUUCAUCUGGGACCUGAUCACACCCACCAAAGAGGGCCAGGACCAGGCUCUGCUCAACCACUCUGGUCUGUCGGCUCCGGUUCCUCGGGGUCGGAAAGGGAAGAAGCUGAAGAACCAGCUGACCGUCCCCGAGCUGAAGAACGCAGACUGGCUGGUCCACUGUAACCCCGAGGUGGUCCUGCAGGACGAGAGCUACAAGAAGCACCUCAAGCAGCACUGCAACAAGGUGCUGCUGAGGGUCAGGAUGCUGUACUACCUGAAGGUGGAGAUUUUAGGUGAAGCUGCAAAUCAGUCUGCGGAGGGGAUCGCUGCCAGUAAACUGGAGGUGUCACUCCCCGACAUAGACUACAUUGAGAUCCCGGCCUCAUGGUGGGACACAGAUGCCGACAAGUCUCUGCUGAUCGGAGUCCACAAACACGGUUACGAGCGGUACAACGCCAUGCGAGCCGAUGCAGAUCUGUGUUUUCUGGAGAGGGUGGGGAUGCCCGACGUCACGGCGCUGUCAGCCGAGCAGGGAGGAGGAGAGGGGAACACGGACAUGGCUGACAGUGUUUGUAAAGCCGGGGAGACGAAGGACGAGGCCGAGAGCAAAGCGGACGGAGGAGAGGACAGAGACGAGAGCAGCAAGGGGGAAGAGACCUGCUCCAGCACGGACACAUCAGACAAACCUGACAGCACCGGACCAGACACCACGCUGUCAGCUGACCUGUGCGCCCAGGACGCCACACUCGUCACCACCACGACCACGACGGGAACAGGUACAGGUGUGGCCGCUCUCCAUGUGGUCCAGGCCCGCCCCCUCUGGCCCACAGGCCCCGCCCUCACCGCCCGUCUACGGCGCCUUAUCACCGCCUACCAACGCUUCACGCUGCGCCGCGAGCCGAUGCUCAGGCACGACUACCUGCUGCACGACAGCCUCGUCGGCAUGGGGAUGGGAGGAGGCGGAGCCUCUCACGGUCACCACGCCGGGGGGCCGCUGGCGUGGCAGCUGGGGGAGGAGCUUAGGAGGUGCACCGUGGUCGCCACCGAGCCUGACCCGCUGUUUCUGGAGUGGCAGAGAAGGUGGACUCGUCGGGAGCAGGCCGACUUCUACCGCACCGUGUCGUCGUUCGGCGUGGUCUACGACGGCGACAGGAAAACCUUCGACUGGGCUCAGUUCAGAGCUCUGGCUCGGCUGGAGAGGAAGACGGACGAGAGCCUGGAGAGAUACUUCAACUCCUUCGUCAACAUGUGCCGGACGGCGUGCAAACUGCCGCCGAGGAAGGAGGAAGGGUUGGUGGAUCCCUCGGUCCUCGUGGAGCCGCUGACAGAGGAGCGGGCGGCGAGGACGUUAUACCGCAUCGAGCUGCUGCGCAAGAUCAGAGAGCAGGUCCUCCGUCACCCGCUGCUCUCCGCCCGCCUCCAGCUGUGCCGCCCCUCGCUCUACCUCCCCGUGUGGUGGGAGUCUGGGAAACACGACCGGGACCUCCUCAUCGGGGCCGCGCGCCACGGCUUGAGCCGCACCGACUUCUACAUCCUGAACGACCCCCAGCUGAGCUUCCUGGAGGCUCACAGGAACUACGUCAGGGGUCACCCCUCCCACCUUCAGAGUCACCACCACCACCCGGGUCUGAACACUCACCCCGGCAUCUCUUCAUCCUCCUCCUCCUCCUCGUCUCACCCUCAGCUGCCUCACCCUCACUGCUGCCUCUACGACUCCGGUCUGGGUCAGCACUCCCCUCAGCCCCCCGAGUACCCCCACCAGUCCUCCCACCACCACCACCACCACCAGCACCACCCCGUGCCUCCGUCUGCCCCCUCUCCCUCCUCCUCCUCCUCCUCUCACCCUCACCUCCACCCUCCCCCUCCCGCCUCACCCAGUCUGGGUAUAGUCGCUGGUUCUCGGGGGGAUUUCCUGGACUGCCCCCCUCUGGAUGAGACUCUGGAGCUGGGCUCUCUGCACCACGACCCCAUGUCUGCAGACGGUCUGCACGGAGGGAAGGCGUCCAAAGACGCCCUCAACGGGUUCCCCUUUAACUCUGCGGCCGGAGGUCAGAGCAUGCUGAACUCGUACGGGGUGGGCGGAGCCGACCUGGACUCCAAACUGAGGAGUGACGUCCUGGUCGGGGAGCAGGGGUCCUCAGAGGAGACCGGUCUGAUGGCCCCUUCUGUGGAGCUGGAUCAGUUACAGGCUCCCUGGGACGGCACGGAUCACUCCAGUCCGGCUCACCACAUGUUCAACGAGUCCGAUCCCAUCCUGGGUCCGUCGGCUCUAGAGACCGGGUUCCUGGAGGAGGAGGACGAGGAGGCUCAGGGCGGGGACAGAGGAGGGGAGGAAGGAGGGACUCUGGAGGAGUGUUUAGGCCUCCCCCCGUCCUCUUCCCCCUCUCACCCGUCUGGAGGAGACUCUGUGGAGCCUCUGAGCUCCAGCUUCAUGCUCUUCAAGGACAUCGGGGUGAGCGAGGAACCCAGCGCGGAUCAAACCGACCUAUCAGCGAGCCCCCCUCCUCCCUAUGUCCCGCCCCCUCCUCUCUCUCUGUCCCACAUCACCGCCCACGACCCGCAGGAUAGGCUGGGCUCCUCUGAUGUCACUGAGAGUCUGACCAAUCCUGUGGAGGAGGAGGGUCCGGGGGGCGGAGCCGGGUUUGAGUUUGAUGAGAAGGAGCAGAAGAAAGAUGGAGGUCUGGGCGGAGAGGAAGAGGAGGAGCGAGGUCCAGAUCACGGUCUGGGAGUCCUGAAUCCGGCCCUGGAUCUACCACAGAUGGACGGGAUGGAAGCAGAGCAGGAGGAGAGCAUGGAGGUCUCAGACCAGCUGUCUCCAGACCUCCAUGAGGACUUACCUCAGGCCAUGCAGCCGUACCUCGGGAAGCUGGAUGCUAGCCCCGGCUCGAUCGAGGAGCCCGGAGACCGGGUGGAUGGGCUGAUUCUGGACCCGACCGUGGCAGAGGAGACGAUGGAGAACUCUCUGGACUCUGAGACUCUGAUGGGGAACUCGAUGGGAGAGUUUGUGCAGGACUCAGAGAUCUGCAAAGAGGACGGUCCUGUGGUCGGAUCAGAUCUUGCAGAUCAGGUGGAUGAGAUCUCUGAGGGUCAGGUGGAUCAGGUCUCUCUGAUCCACGUUCCUCUGUGUGACGACGUAAAACCAAACAUGUACUCAGAGUCUGCUGAGUCCUCCUCAAAGAGAGGAGCAGGGGUCAAGACUGAGACCUCCACCCAUCAGGAGAACUACGAGAGCCCGUCUGAAGACCUGAAGAACAGAGACCUGACGUUCCCCCAGGAUCAGGACAUCAAGGACGGUCUGCUGGUCCAGAGUGAAAUCAAAGCCUCUGCGAGCAGCGACUCGAAGCCUCCUGAUCUGUCCCUCCUCUCAGACCGGGACAAGAAACCAGACGGACUGGAGCUGCCCAUCAAGACCGAAGAGACCAAGACGGAGACCUUUGAGGACGUGUACCCCGACAGCUCCGAGGUCAAACACGAACUCUCCUACACGGUGAAGUCCGAGGACCUGGUGACCAAAUCCGAGCAGGUGGACUUCCCCGUCAAAGCAGAGCCCAAACCUGAAGACCUGAGCCUCCACAUGAAGACCGAGGACAGGAAACCUGAAGUCCUGCAGUUCUCAGCGUACUCAGAAGUCAAACCUGAGGCCAAGCCGGUCCAGCUCGGGUUCGCAGGUUUCCCGGACGGAUCCAGACUGAAGACGGAGACCAAACCUGAGAGUCUGGAGUUCACGGCGUACCCGGACAGCUCCGAGAUCAAACCGGAGGUCAAACCGGACCACCUGGAGUUCAGAACCCAGAUCAAGUCCGAGACCAAACAGGAGCUGCUGGAGGCCGACAGCACCGUCCUCACGCCCAAACUGGAGCCGGCGGACGGACUGAUGGAGGUCUCAGGGGGACUGGUGGUGAAGAGACAGGUGAAGGAGGAGAGGCCGGCUACACCAGUGCCCGUGUCUGAGAGCUACGUCAGCAGUCCUCGGUUUGCGGCCCCGAUGUCGAUGUGUGAGAUCCCUGACAGCCUCCAUGACAGCAGAGAGCCGACCAUCGCUCAGCUGCUGCAGGAGAAAGCUCUGUACUCCUUCUCUGAGUGGCCCAAG